AUGUCUUCUGCUAGCUUGACUGAAGUAGAUUCUGAUAUAACUUCACAAACUGCUGCUUUGGAGGAUAGUUCAACUCGAGAUAAGUUUUGUUUGUCCAAAGACCAGUACAAUGCCAUUAUAGCUCUUCUUCAACAGACCAAGGAUUCUUCUACUUCUGUUAAUCACAUUCAACAUUUUGUGGUUAAUCAGUCAGUUGUUGUUGCAAAUAAUUGGUUUCUUCAGCAGCUUGAUGUGGAUAAUGCCUUUUUAUAUGAAGACCUUCAUGAGGAGGUUUACAUGAAGCCUCCCCUGAAAAAGUAUUACUUAGAAAUACUUUCCGAAUUUGGUCUUACUGGUUGCAAACUAGCCAAUUCUCCUGCCAAUGCUUCUAUUAGAUUGAACUCUGAUGAGGGAGAUCUUCUAGAGGAUGUCACUUCUUUCAGGAGGCUUAUUGGAAGACUUCUUUACUUAACCAAUAUCCGACCAGACAUUGUUUUUGUUGUGCAACAAGUCAGUCAGUUUGUUUCCAAGCCUAGAACUCCUUACUUACAACUUGCCUUAAGAAUUCUAAGAUAUUUGAAGGGUGCUCUAGGCUUAGGUCUUUUUUAUCCUGUUGAUAAUGACCUGAAGAUCCAAGCUUUCUUUGAUUCUGAUUGGGCUACAUGUCCAGUUAGUCGCAAGUCAGUCACUGGCUAUUGUGUUUUUCUUGGUAAUUCCUUGAUAAUGUAUCUUUGUGAUGAUCUUCAUCUCUAUUCUUGUUUCUUUUUGUACUUUUUCUGA